UUAUCAUCAGUACCAGUACCCGUGAAUACUAUGCAUUCAUGACUCAGGGUUGGUCCCGGGGGUCAUAAAUCUGCACAUUUUACACAAGGUUCAACGGUAUGUUCAGUGAUAUGGGGAAUGUAUAAUGACAUUUAUUGAAAAUGUAUUCAACUUGCAAUGAAUUCGAAUAAAAAAACAACAAAAAACAAAAAAAAAAAACCCACAACAUUAUUCCUGUUUGUUUGAUAAAUACUGUUUUAUGACUGAACUGUUUGAUUAUUCAAAGCCUAUGAUAAACAUGAAUAAUGAUAAUUGAAAAAUAAAGUGUGUUUAAGUGGUCCAUGAACAAAAAAAGAUUAAAUAGUUAUAAAUACCCUGUUUUAUGUUUUUUACUGAAAUGCGAAAGCGCACGCGAAUAACGCGCACGCCAAGUUUGUCUAUUAAUUUUUUCCCUGAAAAAAAAGUGGCUAUUAAUUUAUAAUGGCCAGGGCCAGCACUGAUAGGUGUUGUGUUUAAUCAACACCUUUGGAUAGUCAAGAAUAUUUUAAAAAUGGUAAAACAACUUAUUAGUUUGAUGCCAACUUAGCGGAAUAAAGAAACAGAAAAGGCACAGUCCUAAACAAAUACAGAUAGCUAUGGGACAUUACUAUAGGUUACAGCAGAGAAUUUGCACAUUAGUAUUCCUUAUCAACCCAUUUCCAAAGCAAGAUUCACGAAACUCAUAGUGAGGCAUAUAGAAAACACAUAAGAGUACACACAGGAGAGAAAUGUUUCAAAAGUUUAUUAAAGUGGGUGUAUUUUAAGGAGUUAUCCAAAGUGUCAUUGAACUGUAUAAAGAAAAAAGUAAGAAUCUUGUCACAUCUAUCAUUUUGAGUAGAGUGCGUACAGGAAAAAAAUGAUGUAAUCAGAGAAGGUAUCUAAGGAAGGAACUGAGAAACGCUUUAAGUGCUGUGGUUUUAAUUAUGCUUUAAUUUAAUACAGUGAUAAUAUGAAGAGACAUACUGUAGAGAAAUGCUUCAAAUGUGAUGUUUGUGACUAUGCUUGUAAUGACGACGUUAAUCUGAGGAAUCAUAGGAGAAUACAUACUGGAGAGAAAAUCUUUAAAUGUGAUUCUUGUGACUUUGCUUGUAAUCGCAGCGAUAUUUUGAAGAGACAUAUGAGAAUACAUACUGGAGAAAAAAGCUUUAAAUGUGACGUUUGUGACUAUGCUUGUAAUCGCAGUGAUAUUCUGAAGAAACAUAGGAGAAUACAUACUGGAGAAAAAUGCUUCAAAUGUGAUGUUUGUGACUAUGUUUGUAAUCGCAGCGACAUUCUGACGAAACAUAUGAGAAUACAUACUGGAGAAAAAUGCUUCAAGUGUGACGUUUGUGACUAUGCUUGUAAUCGCAGCGACAUUCUGAUGAAACAUAUGAGAAUACAUACUGGAGAAAAAUGCUUCAACUGUGAUGUUUGUGACUAUGCUUGUAAUCGCAGCGAUAUUCUGAAAGGACAUAGGAAAAUACAUACUGGAGAAAAAUGCUUCAAAUGUGAUGUUUGUGACUAUGCUUGCAAUGACUGCAGGAGUCUAAAGAGACAUAAAAGAAAACAUACUGAAGAGAAAUGCUUCAAAUGUGAUGUUUGUGACUAUGCUUGCAGUGACCGCAGUAGUCUAAAUAGACACAGGAAAAUACAUACAGGAGAGAAAAUCUUUAAAUGUACUGUUUGUGACUAUGCUUGUAAUAACUGCAGUAGUCUAAAGAGACAUAAAAGAAAACAUACUGAAGAGAAAUGCUUCAAAUGUGAUGUUUGUGACUAUGCUUGCAAUGACUGCAGUAGUCUAAAUAGACAUAGGAAAAUACAUACUGGAGAGAAAGUCUUUAAAUGUGCUGUUUGUAACUAUGAUUGUAAUAACUUCAGUAGUCUGAAGAGACAUAAGAAAAUACAUACUGAAGAGAAAUGCUUCAAGUGUGGUGUUUGUGACUUCGCAUGUAAUCGCAUGGAUGUUCUGAAGAGACAUAUGAGAAUACAUAUUGGAGAGAAAAGCUUUAAAUGUGAUAUUUGUGACUAUGCUUGUAAUCGCAGCGAUGUUUUGAUAAGACAUAUCAGAAAUCAUAUUGGAGAGAAAAGCUUUUAAUAUGAUGAAUGUGACUGUGCGUUUAAUUGCAGCGAUAUUCUGAAGAGAAUAUGAGAAUACAUAUUGGAAAGAAAAAACUUUAAAUGUGAUAUUUUUGACUAUGCUUGUAAUCGGAGCGGUAGUCUGAAGAUUCAUAGAAGAGUACAUACUGGAGAGAAAUGCUUUAAAUGUGAUUUUUGUGAUUAUGCCAAUUAUGGUUGUAAUUAAUUAAAGGCUAAGCAGUAGUCUGAAGAGACGUAGAAGAAUAAAUACUGGAGAUAAAGUGCUUAAAAUGUGAUAUUUAAUUAAUGAAUUUGCUUGUAAUGAUCAUGAUGAUGUUUUAGUUUUAAGAAACAUUUGCGUGAUUGGAGAAUACAGUCAUAUGGGAGAGAAAUGCUUUAAAUGCAUUUUUUGUGACUAUUGUGCUUGUAAUGAUGGUACUGGUCUGAAGAAACACAGGAUAAUACAUACAGGAGAGAAAAGAUUUAAAUGUGAUGUUUGUGACUAUACUUGUAAUGAUUGCGUAUUGAGUGUACUAUAUACUGGCUGAAGGUUAGGGUUAGAUUUAACAUGGGUUUAACAGAUUACAUUCAAUGUGUGCAUACACUAUUUGGGAGAUUUAAUGCCGACCUGCUUGUAAUUAGAGCGGUAGUCUGAGAAAACAUAGGAGAAUACAUACUGGAGAAAGGCUUUAAAUUUUAAGUUUGUGACUAUGCUGCAUGAAUAUGAAGUCCAUGACUUUGCUGCUUAUUGAAGUGGGCAUCUGAAAAGACAUAGAAUACAUACUGGAGAAAAAUGCUUUAAAUGUGUUGUUUGUGACCAUGCUUGUUAUGAUGGCUGUAGAUUUUGUUUGUUUGUUUGUUUGUUUUGGGUUUAAUGCUGUUUUUCAAUAGUAUUUCAGUCAUGUAACGGCGGGAUAGUUUUAAGAAGCAUAGGAGAAUAUAUACUAAGAAAAAAUGCUUUAAAUGUGAUACUUGUUACUAUGCUUGAAGUGGUAGACUGAAGAAACGUAGAGAAUACAAUGUCAUACCAAUGCUGCUGCUUAUAAAAGCGUGCAUCUGAAAAGAUAUCGGAGAGAAAUAUUUUUAAUAUGAUAUUUGUGACUAUGCUUGUAAUAACAAUGAAAGUUUGAAAAUACAUAUGAGAAAACAUACGGGAGAGAAAUGCUUUAUAUGUGCGUCAGCGAUGUUUGUGAUUUUGUAUUUAAUUAAAGCAGUAGUUUCAAGAGACAUGUGAGAAUACAUAAGGGAGGGGUCUCUUUUAGAUGAAUUUUGUUAUUAAACAUGUUAAAUGUAACGGAAGUUGCCAUCUUGUAAGAUAUAUGAGACUACAUAC